AUGAAUGGAUUAAAAUUUCCUGUCAGACCUCAAGAACUUGAUUUAACUAAUUUGGAGGAACGUCUAAUUGCUCCAAGAAUUCCAUUUAUGCAACUGCAUGAGAAGCCAAGAGGUGGACAGCUAAGUAUAACUGGCAAUGUUGUAAAUGUUCCAGCUGAUGUAACAACAACAGUUAAGAAGCUUCCAAGACUUCUUAGUGAGAAUGAAACAAUACCUUUGAAAUUUAAACGGAGUCUAAGUUUUAAACAUUCAGUUGCAUUUGAAAGAAUUCGUCCAAACAAAGUCAUAGCAGCAACAAAAUGGUUAAUGCAAAACAGUGCAUUGUUUCAAAGUGAAGGAAUAGAAAUAAAUCAGGAAUGGGAAUUCCAAAAUGAAGACUCUGAAAGUGAUGACAAUUCUGAGGAUAUCUCAAUAUCAACAUCAGAUGAUUGUGUUAUUGAUACAUGGACCGAAGAUACAAAUAUUGAAGACAGACCAUCUGGAAAUACAGAUACUAUGCUACAAAUUGUAGAUUUUCGAGAGUUUAACCAAAUUUUAAGUGUAGCACCAGGAGAAAACAAUACACCACUUAGUAUAUUUCAAGAUAAAUAUUCCGAAUUUCUUGCAUUCCCUGCGAUUUAUUGUGGACAGUCAAGACCUGACAAUACUUCAAGACCUGUUCCUUUACAUUAUAGUACCAUCUGUAAAUGGGAAUUGAGAAAUGUAGAUAGGCGAUGUGCAACAUGCAUACCCAACUUGUUUUACAAAUUGAAAAAGUUGCAAAUCAAGCAAAUUCAAGACAAGGUCAUGCUGGCAAUUCGAAAAUGCAAAAUGAAUGGUAAAAAGUAUACAGCAGCACAGAUUCUUGACUCACAAACAGCUCAGGCUAUUGUCAAAUUGAAUGAAGGAUAUCAGGUUUUGCGAUCAUUACGUGGAUCUCCUCCAUACUGGGAAAAAGCAAAAAAAGACAUAUUUGCUAUGAUAAAUCAAUUAGGAUUACCUACAUGGUUUUGCUCAUUUUCGGCUGCGGAAACUAAGUGGAUACCAUUAUUAAAAACUUUAGGUGAAUUGAUAGAAAAUGUAUCAUAUACAGAUGAUGAGAUUUUAAGCAUGAGUUGGGAGCAAAAAAGCAAAUUAAUUAAAGCUGACCCAGUAACCUGUGCAAGAUAUUUUGACUUCAGAUUCAGCAAAUUUUUCUCAGAUGUCAUGUGUAAUGAAUUACAUCCAAUUGGCCAAAUUGAAGACCACUUUUACAGGGUGGAGUUUCAGCAAAGAGGAUCUCCUCAUGUUCACAUGCUUCUAUGGAUAAAAGAUGCUCCAAACAUGAAAACACAUGAAAAAAGAAGAAUAGAAGAAUUUAUUGAUAAAUAUGUUACAUGUGACAACAAUGGAGCAGACAAAGUACUUGUGAACUAUCAGACCCAUAGGCAUGCAAAAACAUGUAUGAAGAAAAACAAACCCAUAUGUAGGUUUAAUUUCCCUAUUCCCCCAAUGCCAUAUACUAUUAUCCUUUCACCUUUAGAUGAGGAAGAUGAAAACUUUGCUUCUGCCGCUACCACCUUCAGUGAUAUUUGUGCAUACUUGAACUCCGAUACAUUUAAAACAAAGGAUUUGACAUUUGAAGAAUAUUUGUUGGAACUAAAUCUAGACAUUGGAAAUUAUUUAUAUGCUAUCCGAUCAUCUCUAAAGCAAGACAGAAUAUUUUUGAAACGGAAUCCGAAAGAUAUCAGAGUGAAUGCAUACAAUCCUCUAUUACUUGAAAGCUGGCAAGCCAACUUGGACAUUCAGUUUAUAUUGGAUCCAUAUGCCUGUGCAACAUACAUUGUUUCGUAUAUUUCAAAAGGACAAAGAGGGAUGUCAAAUUUGCUUCGACAUGCAUGUGAAGAGGCUCGUAGGAAUGAUUCUGAUAUUCGUCAACAGGUUCGCAGAAUAGGAAACAAAUUUUUAACACAUGUUGAAAUAGGGGCUCAGGAAGCAGCUUACAUAGUUCUUCAAAUACCUUUGCGACACUCAUCAAGGCUUGUAACCUUCAUUAACACUUCUCCACCUGAAGAACGUGUAGUGUUGUUAAAGCCAAAGCAUGUUUUAGAGGAAUUAAAGGAUGAUUGCACUGAUAUUGAAUCAGGCAAUGUGUUGACUUUGUACCAGCAAAGACCAAAAAUCAUAGAGGGAUUGUGUUUGGCAGACUUUGUUUCACAGUUCUAUGUAAAGUAUAAAGCUACAAAGAGCAGAAAAACAUUAAAUGAGGAAUAUUUGCCUGAAGAUGAAUAUGAAGAAGAUAUGUCUGAGGACCAUAAUUCUGCUCCAUUAGAAACUGCAGAAUUAUCCAAAAGUUAUGUGUUCAAAAAUGGGGUAGAGAUUGUCAAAAGGAAGAAACCUUGUGUCCUUAGGUGGGUCCAUUUUGAUAAAGAAACAGAUUCAGAAAAAUAUUACCGUGAACUUCUUUUGUUGUUCAUUCCAUGGCGUAAUGAGGAAAAGGAUCUGAUCAAAACUUUUUCAUCCUUCGAGGAAAGUGUCAAAUCUUGUAUAUCUCAAGUGGAAAAGAAAUUAGGGGAGUACCAAAAGAGGGAGAUAAACAUAAAUGAUGUAGAGAAAUUGUUACACUACAUGGAUGAAGAUACAUGCAAUUCAGAGUAUGUUGCUCCUGGUUGUGAGCAUCAAGAUGAAAUUGACAAAGACGAAGGAAUGACAUUAUCAGAAAAAUAUGGAUGUUUUAACCCUGGAAAACAUGCACCAGAGUAUGAUAUUGGACUUGACAUUGGGGUAGUUCGAAAACAACUAGAAGAAGACAUAUCUCAACUUGGAGAAAUGGAUGAACAUUCAUACAGAAAAAUGGUUAGAAGUUUAAAUGAGCAACAGAGAGAAUUCUUCAACCAUGUUUUGCAUUGGCUGAAAACAAAGACUGAUCCAUUAUAUGCGUUUUUAACAGGGGGAGCUGGCGUUGGAAAAAGCGUUGUUACUAGGGCUUUGUAUCAAGGGUUACUGAAGUAUUAUUUACACCAGUUAAAUGAGUCCCCAGAUAACUUUCAUGUUUUGUUGUGUGCACCAACUGGGAAAGCAGCUCACAAUAUAAGUGGUGCAACUAUUCAUUCAUCAUUUUGUAUUCCUGUAGGACAAGGUUUUUCAUAUAAACCACUUGAUAUGCAGCAGUUGAAUACAUUAAGAACAAAAUAUAUACAUUUAAAAGUUCUGAUCAUUGAUGAAGUAUCCUUGGUAGGUCAGAACAUGUUUAAUUUUGUGAAUUUGAGAUUGCAAGAAAUAAGAGGCUGCCAGAAACCCUUUGGAGGUGUGAGUGUCAUAACAGUAGGAGAUUUGUACCAACUGAAACCAGUCAUGGAUAAAUGGAUAUUUUCUCAGUCUGAGCGAGAUUAUGGUCCAUUAAGUGCAAAUCUUUGGAAAGACAAUUUUCAAAUGUAUGAACUUACAAAAAUAAUGCGACAAAAGGAUGACAAGGAUUUUGCAGAGUUGUUAAACAGACUCAGAGAGGGAAAGCAAACUGCAAUUGAUAUUAAUAUUUUGAAGAUGUAUGUGAAAGAAGAUGCUAUUGGGAUUUCUGAAUUACCACAUCUGUAUACAACAAGAAAGGAGGUAGAAAUGUAUAACACUAGGGUGUACCAAAAUGCACAAGGGAAUCUGAAAGUUGCUAUUCCGGCCAUUGACUGGGUUAUUGGAACGUCAGAUUCAAAUAUACAGUCUAGAGUUCUGAAUCGAAUCCCAGAAGAUAAUUCUAAAACCAUGGGGUUAUCCUCCAUACUUAAACUAGUUUUGAACAUUCCAGCUGAAAUAACAAAUAAUGUUGAUGUUCAGGAUGGUAUUACAAAUGGUGCUGCUUGCAAAGUGAAGUACUUUGAUUUUAGAGUAGAUGGAUCCAACAGAUGCAGCAUUAUUUGGGUUGAAUUUACUGAAAAGGAAACUGGAAAAGCUGCACGAGCAAAAUUAGCAAGGUUGUAUGAAUCUGGUAUAAGUAAAACAUGGACACCAGUUUUGGAAAUAACCAGGAUAUUCAAAAUCCACAUGAAUGGAACAUACCAGGUUAAAAGAAAACAGUUUCCUUUACAAUUGAGUGCUGCAAAAACUAUUCAUAAAUCCCAAGGUUCAACACUCUCAGAUGCAGUUGUUCACUUCGGUUCAAGGAGAAAUGACCAUAUGCAUUAUGUUGGACUAAGUAGGGUUGUGUGUCUGAAGAAUUUGCACAUUUUACACUUGAAUGAGAAUAAAAUCUCUGUGUCAAUUUCAGUGCAAGAGGAAAUGGAUAGACUAAGACAAGAAAGUAUGCUUCAACCAUGUAUCAGAAAUUUAAAUGACUAUUUGUCACUAGGGUCCAUUUUUUCCUUCUUCAAUGCAAGAUCUCUUCAUCGUCACAUUCUUGACCUGAAAGAAGAUGUUACCAUUCUUCCAUCUGAUAUGAUUUUCGUUUCCGAAACUCGUUUCAUGGCCUCUGAUAAUGGUGGUUCAUUUGAAAUCCAGGGUUUUACAUUGCAUCGAAAUGAUUUCUUUAGCAGAGAUGGAAACAGACCCUCUUACGGUUUGGCACUUUAUGUUAAACAUGCCAUUUCAUCUAAAGUAACAAAUAUCACAGAAGGUACUUUUGGAAAGAUACAGGUUUUGUCAGUAGAUAUGGAUGUUGGAGAACAAGUGUCAUUAAUUUUUCUGUACAUUCCUCCACACGAGAAAAGCAAUGAGGUGAAAAAACUUUAA